GCCCGUCCGGGAAAUCGGGUCGUUGUUCGCGCGAUCGCCCGAUACAGAUCCCGUGUGUAUCUCGCGUCGUAUCCCAGCAUCCGAGACACGCGUCUCUGUCUCUCUUUCCCUCUCUCUCUCUCUCUCUUGAUAAAAAACAAAAGGUCCGCGAUGCCGAACGCGGCUUAGAAACUCCGUGAACUCGCCAGACGGGAGAGUUUUACGAGACACGUGCGUAUAUCGUUUAUGCGAGUAGAGGGUCACAUAUUGGUCCCGCUGGUGUUUUACUGAUGGGUAAAAGUGUUCUCGCCGUGGGAGUAGUGAAUACACACAAAAAUCGAGAGCGCGCCAUAACGCCGACGAGGACGACGAGGACUUUAUAUGAGACGGCUCUACGGCCCUUAAUGUCUCCAUCGUGAGCCGUCGGUAGCUAUCCUACACGUGCGGGACUCGGUCCUGCGGGACUCGGGAUCACUCGGGUGGUGGUGAGAAGGAGAGCGAGCCGAGAGAGCUGAGAUAAAAGGACGAUGGGGGUGCCGGACGUGGAGCAGGCCAAGAGGCGACUCCAGGACAUCCUGAGGCGGGCGCAGAAGCUGGAGAUACCGACGCAGGAGGUGAUCUCGACGAGAACGGCGCGGAAGUUGCUCGCGAGGACGCGCAACGUCCUCGCGUGGACCAUCUGGAUCGGCGUGUUCGUCAUCCUGCUCAGCGGCGUCGUCUACGCGCGCUGGCCGACACGGCAGGACGUGGAGACCGUCAGGACCGUGCUCAGGCGAACGUGUUCCGGUACAGCUUCGGGCGAUUUUUCGGAACGAGUAGCGGCGCUUCUACAAUCAUCCUCGACCCAGGACGACUGCUAGUAGUGCGCUCUACCAUGUGUCAGCCCUUCUUUAAUCCAGUACGUCAGCGAAAGGGAAAAAGAGGAGAGACAGGCGAAAGGAGAAGCGAUCUAAUGCUCCAAAUAAUUUUUGUCGAGCUAAUCUGUAAGCUUUAAGACGCGCGUUUCGUGACACAGUGUCUCUACUUUAUAUAGAUUUUAAGACAUCGUUCUCUGUUUCGCGCGGAUAAUGUUACGGCACGACGACAACAGAAUUUGUGCAAGUAUCGAGACGAGUGAUUGUCAGUGCAAAACGCGACCUUCGCGAGAGUUCGCGUAAAACGAAACGAUCCCUCUUGAGACUCUUCUCUUUGCGUCACUUUCGCGAGGAAAUGGAUCCGGCUCGAUAACGUUGCUCACAACUUCAUUUUCAUCGCUAUAAAUCGUAUUUACGCAAAGCAACCCGCGAAACAAUUUUUUAUAUAUAUAACAAUAUCAAAUUAUACAUAUA